AUGCAAUUGUUUCGUGACGCUCUUGAUGAAUGUAGCUUUAUGGAUUUAAAAUUUGUUGGCUUUCCUUUUACAUGGCACAAACACUACGCAGAGUUUACAGUUUGGGAGAGACUUGAUCGUGCCUUGGCCACAAACGAAUGGUUCUCAAUGUUCCCGGGUACAAAAGUUUUGCAUUUAGAUGGAACGGCUUCUGAUCAUAAGGCACUGUGUAUUUCACCUGAAGGUAUGGAUUGUAGCUUCCAAAAACCUUUCAGGUUCGAGCAUAUGUGGAUGACUGAUAAGGGGUGUAGUGAGACCAUUGAGGCUGUUUGGAGUGACAAUUCUCCUGAGCCAUGGGACACUAGAGUGUUAACAAAGAUAGAUAGAUGUGGGCAGGAGUUGACCCGUUGGAGUAGGAAGAGUUUUGGUUGUGUUCGAAAAGAAUUGGAGAAAAAAAAGAAGCAAUUGAAGGAAGCAGAACAGUGGGCCGUUCGGACUGGGGAUUCUAGGCGCAUGAAAUGGUUGUAG